AUGAGCAGUACACCUACCGCUCCCUCUGUACCUGCAGAAGAUAAUGCAAGACCCUCCAACAGGCCUAACUGGCACCCGGUGCACAUCCGGUUUGCUAAUGUCAGUGCUGCGGAAGCAAGUGACAAGAAGGUCACAUUGAGCGCAAAGCGCGAAGCCUCCUAUGUAUACACAUCAAAGCUUAUCCUCACGGAGACACAGUGGAGUGCGGUCGAGGCACUGUACAAUGAGUCAAAGACGAUGGCAAUCACUUAUCAACGUACCAAAGAUGACCAGAUUGCGGCAGCAGCAGUGUUGGCAAUGGAGGCUCUUGAUGAAGACUCUCAGGAGGCUCUCGGUAGUCGGUGGAGCGUGCAAUACACACGAACCACAGGGAAGGAGGCAGGGGUAACUACACGGAUUCUGUAUCAGUGGUGCGCCAUAGAUAUAAAUCUUGAGGGGAUUGGCACUCACUAUUGA